AUGGUUAAUUUAGUUGAAGAACAGUUUGGUGAGAAGAAUGUGAGGAAAUUUACCUGGGUUACGAAGACCGGCUUUUCUGUGUCAGUUAUUUCUUAUGGAGCUAUUAUUCAAGCCAUCAAGGUACCUGAUAAAACCGGUGAUAUCGUUGAUGUAGUCUUGGGUUUUGAUGACCUGGACGGCUACGUCAAUCGUAAUACGCCUUACCUUGGUGCGACGGUAGGAAGAUGUGCAAACAGAAUUGGGGGAGCAAGUUUUAAUAUAGAUGGAAUUGAAUACAAACUUGCCAAGAACGUUGGACAGGAUCACUUACAUGGCGGAAUUAUUGGGUUUAAUAAGGCAAACUGGAAUUCUACUAGAGUUGGAAAUAAAGUUAUAUUCAGUCAUUUAUCUAAAGACGGUGACGAGGGUUAUCCUGGGGAUUUGUUGACGAAUGUAAUUUACGAAGUAAAAGAUGACGAUACAAUUUACGUUGAAUUUCUGGCGACCGCUACCAAGAGAACAGUUGUUAAUCUAACCAACCAUUCGUAUUUCAAUCUCGCGGGACACGAUAGUGGUGCGGAGGAAUUGUACAACCACGUCAUCAUGAUUAAUGCUGAUAAAAUAACCGAGACAACGUCAGAAUCUAUUCCUACGGGCAAAUUUAUCAAGGUUGGUGGAACGCCUUACGACUUGCGGGCUCCUAAACGACUUGGAGAUGCAAUGACGUCCACUGGAUAUGGUUUCGAUGAUAACUUCUGCGUGAACAUGUACGAUAAGGAUCUGACGUUCGUAUCCCGGGUCAGUCACCCCUCAUCGGGCAGAUAUUUGGAAGUAUAUAGCGACCAACCGGGAGUUCAGUUAUACACUAGCAAUUCUCUCCCAUCUCCGUACGAAGAGGCUCUCGUUGGAAAGAAAGGUGUUGGAUAUCGAAGACACGGUGCCUUCUGCCUUGAAACACAGAAGUUCCCGGAUGCUGUACAUCAUGAGAACUUCCCAAGCGCGUUACUCACACCCGGGGAUGUUUACGUACAUAAAGUGAAUUACAGAUUCGGUGUCAAUAAUGCCGAUACACCACACGUUGUCCUAAAUUAG